AUGGCGAACCCCUGGUUCCCCGGGAACAGUGCUUCCGGCUUGUCUCCGCUGCUUCGUUCCACUGGUGACAACCACCUCCUUGUCCCUCCCAUCCCUCCCGACCCCCCUGAUCCUGACUCCUCUAACCCUCUCUCCGUCUCUCGUUUCCCCCCUCUCAACUCCCCUGGCUCAAAGACUCCUAAAUCUUUUCGUGCUUCGCAGCGUGCUCUUCUCUCGAGCUCUGCGGUUAAAGUAUCGAGCUCUAAACCUUCUACUGAAUCAACUGGUCCAGUUCUCUCUCAAACUUCAGCUGUCUCUGGUUCCAAAAGCUCUGGAUCUAGAUCUCAGAAUACUGUUCACCUCGACCUUGGAAACUUUAAAGUUCUCCCUCCUAAAUACUCCUCUCCAAUCCAAACCAACAGAGCCUCCAAAUCUUCCCUAAAUCCCCCACCCCUAGCUCCGAUUCCAACCCUCAAUCAUCAAAACCCACAAAUUCCACCUCAAACCUCUGGAAGUUCUAAUCAGCCCCAACCUCCUCUUGUUCCCCCUCCAAUCACUCCUCCAAAUACUACCCCUCCCUUAACUACUGAUAAACAGUCCACUCAACACCAACCACCACCUCCACUAAUCGAAAGACUCCGCCGUUCUCAAAAUAAAACCUUUAGUAGGCUUGCUCCUGUUACCAUAUCUGAUACUGGAAGACCUCGGGUUUCCAUUCCAGACAGUGUAUUCCAAAAAGGUGCUGAGCUCCACAAGGAUUUCAUAAUUUGUAAUUUCAACGGCCGUCCUCCACCUUUCAAUCAUGUGCAGAGUAUACUGAAUCACCUGUGGGGAAAAGGAAAACGUGUAGAAAUACAUACCAAUCCUCUUUCGCGUUCAAUGCUGGUUAGAAUCCCAUCUGAUUACCUCCGGGAGAAAAUUUUGGAAAAGCGAGUUUGGUACGUUGGUGACUCAAUGUUUCAAGCUAUACAAUGGACCUCCUCUGCUUCUAGUUCCUCUCCCCCGUUGGACUCAAUACAGAUUUGGGCUCAUCUGAAUGGAGUGCCACUCGACCUUCGUCAUCAGGAAGGUUUGAGUCCGGUUGCUGGUCUGGUUGGUGAUCCAAAGGAAACAGAUGAUUUUACUCUGAAUCUUGUGAGCUUGACUUUGUCUCAUGUCAAGGUUGAAGUUGACCUGACAAAACCCUUACCAGAUGUUGUUGAAUUCACUCGUGAUUCUGGUGAAGUUGUGGAAGUCUCGGUCACCUACCCAUGGGUUCCACCAACGUGCUCUCACUGUAAAGAACUAGGGCAUAUAAUGAGGAAUUGUCUCCAUGUUCCUUUGCAGCCUAAGAAAGCAGCUUCAACAACUAAAUCAAAGGGAAAGAAACCUAGUGUAGUAGAGAAAGAAGUUUCUCACACCUCAACUAGCAACGAGGCUGUGAACCAGGUGGCUUCUGCUUCUCAGUCUGAUCGCCCUUUGACCUCCUCUGAGACUAAGAAUGGUCCCGCCUCUGUGCUUGCAACCUCGCCCCAUCAACCCGCUUCACCCUCUUACCCCUCCGAACCUUCCUUCCUACCUCCUCCCAACAAAAAGACCACACAAAUCAACCCUCCUCUCAUUGAGCCAUCAAAACAUUUCCUUAUAUCAAACAACUCUCCUCAAACCCAGCUUGUCCCUGUUACACUAAACUCCUCUCCCUCUAGUUCCCCUGACUCUAAACCUCCCUUAAAACGCUCCAGAGCUGACAACUCAAACCACCAAUUCCCUUCCUUCACUGACCAGCUAAAAUUAUUCACUGCUCCACCCACUGUCCUUCCCCCCUUUUUAGUCCCCCUCCUUCCACCUAUUUUAAACUCCUCUAAUCCCUUUUCUCUUUUGUCACCUCAUGAAACUCAUAUCAAAACCCAUAACCUUAACCACCUUAUGGGAAAACUCUGUAGAGGUUGGAACUUCACCUCUAAUCACCUGUCGGAUGAAGAUGGUAGGAUCAUAGUAAUAUGGAAAGACAACAUCUAUGUUCGCACCCUGCAAGAGUCAAGACAAACAUUAACUUGUGAAGUCAAAAUUCCAGGCUCAGCAGUGUUCACCUACACAGCAAUUUAUGCUUCGAAUGAAAGUUCAGAGCGCACUGACCUGUGGGUGGAACUGUUAAAUACUUAUCAGAAUCUCUCUCUCCACUCUUCCCCAUGGAUGCUAGGUGGAGACUUUAACCAGAUAAUCCACCCUGCUGAGCACUCUGUAUCUGCGGUAAAUUCUUUGACGCCAGAUAUGAUCCAAUUCAGGGACUGCCUAACUCAAAUGGGGCUCUUCGAUCUUCGCUAUCAAGGCUCCUUCUUCUCUUGGACAAACCGUUGCCCUGUGAACCCAAUAGCUAAAAAACUUGACCGCCUCCUUAUCAAUAACCAUAUCCUCAACCUUUUCCCAAACUGUUCAGCCUUCUUCCUCCCUUCCCAAACCUCAGAUCAUUCUCCCUGUCUCCUCAACCUAGCCUAUAAAAUCCCAUCAUGUGGUACCCGCCCCUUUAAGUUCUAUAACUAUCUAUCCAAACAUCCCGAUUUUCACCAAGUGGUACUCGAUGCAUGGACACAAGCCGGAAGCACUGCCUGGAACCUCACAGCUCUUGCUUGGAAACAGAAACAAAUAAAGAGUGAUCUUAAAACACUGAAUAAAGAUAAUUUCUCUCAAAUUCAAAUAAGAGUGAGUGAGGCUAACCGUGUUUUACAAGAUGUGCAGGUACAGGUUAUGCAGGCCCCCUCAACGCAGACAUUCGAACUUGAAAAGCAAGCACUUGAGUGCUGGAAUUUCCUAAGACUGAUAGAGGAGUGUUACUUCAAACAAAGAUCAAGGAUCAAUUGGCUUAAAGAAGGGGAUCAGAAUACUUCUUACUUUUUCCGAAUUGUGCAGACACGCCUGAACUACAACACCAUCCGAUCGUAUGUACUUAUCUCUGGCAUUAUCCUCACUGAUCCAUUGGACAUGAGCUCUCACGCAGUUCGUCACUUCUCUAAUAUCCUCGGCCCCAUGCCCCCCAUGCGCGUCAACAUGGUCUCUACAGUACAGUGGUUUCAAUCUUUAUCUCCUUUUCGUUGUGAUCAGAACCAGUGUGUCCAAAUGACUACUAUUCCUACGGUCGAGAAGAUCACCAGGGUCAUGCAUAAGCUCAAUUCUAACAAGGCGCCGGGUCCUGAUGGCCUUACAUCUGGAUUCUACAAGUCUGCAUGGUCGAUUGUGGGUGCUGAAGUUACAGGCUCCAUUCAACACUUCUUCUUCUCUUCCUUUAUGCCUGCAACCACAAACAGCACCAUCCUCUCGCUGGUCCCAAAGCACAAUGGAGCUUCAUUGAUCACUGACUUUCGCCCUAUAUCUUGCCUUAAUACAGUCUACAAAGUUGUCUCCCGUUUGCUGGUGAAACGUCUGAAGCCAAUACUGACGCCACUCAUUGUCCCUAACCAGACAGCAUUUGUUAGAGGAAGGUUGUUAGUGGAAAACACAUCUCUUGCUGGGGAACUUGUGAAUGGGUAUCAUAAGCGAAACGGUACAAAAAGAAUAACACUCAAAGUUGAUAUAGCAAAGGCUUUUGAUACCUUAUCUUGGGAUUUUCUCUUCUCCUGUCUCAACGGCCUUCAGCUCCCAAGUGAAUUUAUCUCAUGGCUUCGAACAUGCAUAUGUACAACUAGCUUCACUGUGGGAUACAACGGUUCGGUAAAUGGUUUCUUCAAGGGUACACGUGGUCUUCGCCAGGGCGAUCCCUUGUCACCAUAUCUAUUUGUCAUUGCACUAAACAACCUCUCCCUCAUGUUGAACAGGGCAGCUCAGGAAAUGCAUUUCAACUACCACCACAACUGCCCCAAUUCACGUCUCACGCAUCUCUGUUUUGCCGACGACCUCUUGAUCUUCAUGGAUGGCUCCCUCGAGUCUGUUCAGGCAGUGCUUCAGGUCCUACGUGAGUUUGAGUCUCGGUCUGGCUUAUCAGUGAGUGUGCAUAAAACUUCAUUCUUCGCAUCAGGCCUUUCAGCUGCAGAAACUGACCUCAUUCAAUUUUCUACGGGAAUGGCCAUGGGAUCGCUUCCGAUCAAGAACAAGUUCUCCUCAUGGAGUUCAAAGGCACUCUCGUUUGCUGGUCGACUGCUACUCAUUAAAACUGUCAUUUCUGGAAUAACAACAUUCUGGUGCUCUACAUUCAUUCUUCCUAAGGCUUGUGUAAAGCGGAUUAACUCACUUUGUGGAGUGUUUCUGUGGAAAGGAAAUAUUGAAGAGUCUCACACUGCUAGAGUUUCUUGGAAUGAGGAAGUUCUACAUGGUGACCUUAGUAACCUAUGGACAACUGUCCCUAACAGGCAGUUCUCAUGGCAAGUCAACAAGCUACUAAAACUAAGUCCUCUUAUCUAUAAUUGGAUUUACCUUAGAGUCUCCAAUGGUCUCUCCUGCCGCUUCUGGUCAGAUAACUGGUCCCCGUUUGGCAACAUGAGAUCCUUCCUCCAACUCGGUGCAAACACUUCCAUGGGGAUUCCAGAGACGGCAACUCUAGCGUCCCUUUACCAGAACAACUCGUGGCGACUACCUCCUGCAAGAUCGGAAGAACAGGUUCAAUUGCAUACUUACUUAACUACUAUUACCUUCACCGAAGGGCAAGACUCAUACGAAUGGGUAAUAGAUGGGAGGUUGAAUCAUAGUUACUCAAUUGGGACAGUAUAUCAUAACCUUCGAGAACAAGGACCAAUUGUUCCUUGGACACAAACUGUCUGGAAUAAAGGUGGAAUCCCUCGCCAUAGCUUCUUGUCUUGGCUGUUCGUGCUAAACCGUUGCCCAACAAGAGACAGAAUCAUCGGAUGGGGCCUUCAAUCCUCUCCGCUCUGUCUUCUUUGUAAUUCGGCGUCUGAAAGUAGGAAUCACCUUUUCUUUGAAUGUAACUUUUCAUGGGGCUUGUGGGGAUCUCUGGCACUUCGAUGUGGUUUAUCACCUAACCGUUCUUGGGAUGGGGUAAUGGCUCAGCUUCAGGGCCAGAGUAGGAGAUCACCAAAAGGAAUGCCCACUCUUCUGUGUUGGCAAGGAUGCAUCUAUUGGUUAUGGUCUGAACGAAAUGCGAGACUGCACCGCAAUAUUUUUAGAUCAGUCGAUGCAAUCGCUCGUCUUAUUGACAGACAACUGAGAGAUAAGAUUCUAAGUUUCAGAGACACUAACCGUUCAGUUUCAUCGGUGAUGAUGCAGCAGUGGUUGUCUUAG